AUGGGAAUUUUAAUUGUUGCCGGCUCGCCUCACCACCAUGCUUUCUUCUUCGACCUGCCUCUGCUCCUCCACCGCGCCGCCCACCCGCUUAUGCUCCCGCCACAGCCGCUCAAGCCGGCCCGUCAGCAGAGCCUCCCACCCACUGACAGGAACAAGCUUUGCAUCGCGGGAAACAACCUUCCGACGGCGUCCUGA